AUGGCAAAGAUGGCUGCGGGAUCAUGCUCGGAGGCACCGGAGCCGGUGCUGCGAGGCGCGGCAGGGGCGCGCGCUUCGGCUGACCGCCUCGUCUCCAAGCUGCUGGCCGAGAUCGGCCGACUUCGAGCCCAGCUGGGAGGUGGCCAGGCCUCAGGCGCGGUCGCUGUGGAGGUCGCGCGCCGCGAGGCCCUGGCCCGCCCUGCGCUCACGGCCAGAGUUUGCGGUCGUGAGGAACCUCACGCGGACCGGUUGGUGAGGAACGUCGCGCUCCACGCCAAGGUGUGCCCUUCUGCGGGGGCGCCAAUGGCGGCCUGGCGGGGCGCGCAGCACGGCCCUCGGUUGGGGGCCGACGGCGGCGCGGAGCUGUGCGACUUUGGCGCCGAGGACCUCAUUCCUUCUAUUCGGGGCCUCUUCCUAGACUUCCCGCGGGAGUCGCCGCCUCUCCCCAUCACUGGUGGUGUCGUGUGGCGCGCGGAGGUGCUGGAGGUGUUCCUGGCGCUGAGUAUUUGUGAACAUUCUAUUUGUUCUCCGAGUUCGUGUUUGAGUGUUAAUGCUGCUACCUUCAUUCCGCAGGAGCCCUCGCCCCCAUCGGAGACGGGCACGCUGCUGCGCGCGGACGCCGUGGCCUUCAUACCUCAGGGAGCUGGCUGGGAGCCUAUUGCUCGGGGCACGCGCUGCUCCUGCGGCUCCGUGGCUUUCUCGAGCACCGCCGAGCCCGUGGAGGACUUCAUCAGCGCCCGCGAGCUGGAGCUGGUCAAGUGGAGGACCUACCUGUCGGAGCGGGCCUUGCACGUGCGGCCGCAGCCCUUCGUGCGGAGGCGGGCUAGACUGGACGUGGCGGCCUUCAUCAGGGAGAGAGUCAGCGCCGCGGGCGCCUACGUUGUGAGGCUGUGCCUCGGGGGCCGCUGGCGCUCCGUGCUCGUGGACGACCGCCUGCCCUGCCUCGGCGGCGCCGGGUUCCACACGCAGCUCGCCUUCUGCGUGACGCGGCGCUCGCAGCUCUGGGCCACGGUCGUCGAGAAGGCGCUGGCCAAGGUGUGCGGGGGCUACGGCGCCUUGUGUGGCGGGGAGUCCGGGGACGCGCUGACGCUGCUCACAGGCUGGCCCUGCGAGAUCGUCCGCCUGGGCGAGGGCGCGGACCUCGAGGAGGUCUGGGCCAGGCUGCGGUCGGCGAGGGAGGCCGGCUUCCUCAUGACGUGCUCAACGAUGGACGCUGGGGCGCCGUCGCUGCUGCCGAACCACGUCUACGCGCUGCUGGACGUCUGCGACCUGGGCACGGCG